GGUCUCUCAUCAAUGUCUCACGCAGUUGAUCUAGUGGCGACAUGUGCGCAUUUCGGAACCUAUAUAAAGGUUCGUGGCUCAAAUCAACUCACCAUAACGAAAAUGGAGAAUCACAAACAGUACAGAGGUCAUGUUGUGGUGCUUCCAUACCCUAGCCAAGGCCACAUUAACCCUCUCCUCCAGUUCGCAAAGCGACUGGCUUCUAAAGGCGUCAAGGCCACCUUAGCCACCACCAGUUACACUGUCAGCUCCAUUUGUGUCCCUACUGUUGGCGUUGAACCCAUAUCCGAUGGUUUCGAUGAGUCUGGCUUUGCUCAGGCAGCGGAUGAGGAGACAUUUCUUCAGUCGUUCAAGGCCAACGGCUCGAGAACCCUAUCUCAAGUGCUGAAGAAGUUUGAAGACUCCGAGUUCCCGGUGAAUUGUGUUGUGUAUGAUUCAUUUCUGCCUUGGGCUCUUGAUGUGGCCAAGAAACAUGGCAUAUAUGGAGCUUCCUUUUUCACCAAUUCGGCUAGUGUUUGUAGCAUUCUUCUUCACAUUCACCAUGGUCUGAUAUCUCUGCCGUUUAAGCUUGAUGACAUGCCCUUGUUGCUUCAUGGCUUGCCUCCACUAGACAUUGCUGACCUACCUGGCAUGCUUAAGAAGCCAGAGAGUAACCCAGCUUACUUGAGGAUGCAACUGAAUCAGUAUUCAAAUUUAGACAAGGCUGAUUGGAUCUUUACAAAUACUUUCAAAUCACUUGAAAGCAAGGCUGCUAAAGCAGUAGCAAAGCUAUGGCCAGCGAAGUUGAUAGGCCCUAUGAUCCCUUCGGCUUACUUGGAUGAUCAAAUUAAAGGAGACAGCGGAUAUGGAGCAAGCUUAUGGAAGCCUCUUGGUGAAGAAUGCAUCAAAUGGCUGGAAACAAAGGCACCUAAAUCAGUGGUGUAUGUCUCCUUUGGAAGCAUGGUGUCACUGACAGCAGAGCAGAUGAAAGAGUUUGCUUUAGGCUUGAAAGAGACUGGGGUACAUUUCAUCUGGGUGGUAAGAGCAUCUGAACUGGGUAAAUUGACAGAUGAAAUCAUCGAUUCAGUAAAGGAAAAAGGUCUACUAGUGACUUGGUGUAACCAGCUAGAAGCUUUGGCUCAUGAAGCAAUUGGGUGUUUUGUGACUCAUUGUGGUUGGAAUUCGAUACUCGAAGGGCUCAGCCUUGGGGUUCCAAUGGUUGCAGUGCCGAAGUGGGCUGAUCAAAUGACCAAUGCUAAGUUUGUGGAAGAGAUUUGGGAGGUUGGAGUCAGAGCCAAGGAAGAUGAUGAAGGGAUUGUGAGAAAAGAAGAGUUUGUUAGUUGUCUGAAGGAAGUAAUGGAAGGAGAAAGAAGCAAAGAGAUUAAGAAAAAUUCCAGAAAAUGGAGGGAGUUGGCUGAGAAGGAAAUUAAUAAAGGGGGAAGCUCAGACAUAUGUAUUAGUGAAUUUGUAGAGCUUCUGGUGCCUGCUAAUAAGAGACCAGAGGCCAAGGCUUUCCUGAACGGCAAGGAUUAA